UCUAGAGUGAUGGCAGAGCAAAACAAAGUGAUCCUACAUGGAAUGUGGGCUAGCCCUUUCGUGAAGAGGGUGGAAAUGGCCCUUAAACUCAAGGGUAUAUCUUACGAGUAUGUGGAAGAAGAUUUAGCAAACAAAAGUGAUUCACUCCUUAAGUACAAUCCUGUCUACAAGAAGGUUCCUGUACUUGUUCAUAAUGAAAAGGCCAUUGUUGAGUCAUUGGUGAUCCUUGAGUAUAUUGAUGAAACAUGGAAAGAUGGUCCUAAGUUGAUGCCUAAUGAUCCCUAUAAAAGAGCUCAAGCACGAUUCUGGUGCAAAUUCAUUGAGGAAAAGGUACUUGAGAAUGUGCUUUUAGUAGUUAAAACUGAUGGAGAAGCUCAACAAAAAGCCAUUAGUGAAUUGUAUGAGAAACUGAGUUUACUUGAAGAUGGAAUGAAGAACUACUUUGAAGGACAGAAUCCUAGUGCUGACAAAAUCAACUCAGGAGUUUUAGAUUUUGUCUUUAUUUCACUAUUUGGCACUUACAAGGCUCAAGAAGAAGUUGUUGGUGUAAAAUUCAUAGAGGCAGAGAAAUUUCCUAUGUUAUUUUCUUGGCUGAUGGCAGUUGUUGAGAUCAGUGUGGUAAAAGAGGCAUCCCUUCCUAAUGACAGAACAGUGGGACUUCUCCAGUUUAUUAGGAACAAAGCCUUAACAUCUACUGAAGUUUGAUAUAUAGUUGCUUUGUUAAAUGGAUUGGUACACUAUUGUUUGCUUUCUCUAAAACAUAAUAGUUUUUAACA